AAGGGAUCAAGAAGAAAUGGGAUUUCUCUUACUGAAUUUCUUUUUUAAACGCCAGGUGACGCACACUGAUUAUUUUGAAAUGUACAUAGUAGAUGAGAAAGUAGAUUGAAAUAAGCGUGAUACAUUGUUAGCAAACGUUUCAGUCACACGGAGGCUGCGGAAUUGUUUGCUCGACGCCACGAGAGACAAAGGAAACGGCCGGAAUGGUAUUUUAAACGGACAAGGAUGGUCGAGAUCGUCCUUCUGCCGGUGGUUGCCUAAGUCCUAACACCCAAGUGCGAACACUGUGAACGAUGGUUGACUACUACAAGGUACUAGAAGUGCAACGAACCGCCACGAGCGGAGACAUCAAAAAGGCAUAUAGAAAAUUGGCAUUGAAAUGGCAUCCAGACAAAAACCCUGAAAACCUGGAAGAAGCGAACAAGAGAUUCAAAGAAAUAUCCGAGGCGUACGAAGUCUUAAUUGACGAUGCGAAGAGACGAACCUACGACCAACGAUUGUAUCAGAAGGCAUCCUCGAGGCCCGGCCGUGGAUUCACCUACCGGAGUUUCUUUGACUCUCCUUUCCAGCGAUAUUUCGAAAAGAAAAGAAGGGUCUACGAUCAAUAUGGAAAGGAAGGACUUCAAAUGCCCGGUGGUAAGAGGCGACACAAGGACGACUUUGAUCCACACUUCACUGGUACUUUCAUGUUUAGAGACCCUGAGGAAGUAUUUAAAGAAUUCUUUGGUGGUACUUCUUUCGAGGACUUGUUCUCCGACCUUACUGAAGUCGGUGUACGCCUCGGACCCAACAGGCAUAGUCAUCCAAGCAGUAACAGCAUUAGCACGUCAUUCUUUGGUCCGUUAGGAGUUUCUCACUUUGGUUUCUCACCAUUCAACAACUUGUUUGAAGGUUCAUCAGGAAACUUCACCUCGUUCAAUGCGUUUACGAGUUUCGGUGGAGCCAGCGGUGGAGGUGCUGUGAAACGGACAAGUACUUCAACUCGAUUUAUCAACGGCAAAAAGAUCACCACCAAAAAGGUUUUCGAAAAUGGAAAGGAAACAAUAAUGUCGUACGAGAAUGAUGUGCUAAAGUCGAAGACGGUGAACGGCGUACCACAAUCAAUAACGUUUGACGAGUCAUCGACUAGUCGCCAGCUGACCGACAGUGCCAGCGAUAUCUCGAUGGCUGGCCAGAACUCGAGAACAGUCCAUGGUGACCAUCAGAAGGCUAGCAGAAUAAAGACGCACCAUCAUCCACUUCUCACUAAGAAGCACGAUAAGAGUAAGAGAAAAUAGAGGCAACACUUUUGCAGCCUUCUCUCAUUCGUUUUUUUGUCCGUAUCUUUUUCAUUUUAGUCUCUUCGUUUUAUUUUUUUUUUCGAAUUAAAUGCAUACAUACACAAACAUACAUUAUAUACGUACGUACGUGUAUCAUUUACAUAACUGAUGUUGUAAAUUAUAUCAUUUCUCGCAACGUCGUUUUUGCUAUUGUCUAAAUAAUCAGGAUUAAAAAAGUGAAGAAAAACUUCGUGAAUUAGCAUUGACUGAUCACAAAUGUUCGAUUUGAUCAAUAAAUAAAAGAAAAAAUUCGCUGCAAAAUUCAUUGUAAGAUUUUGCAUCGAAAGUGGCAUAUUUAAUUGAUUCUCGUUCGCUGUUGAGAGAGAGAGAGAGAGAGAGAGAGAGAGAGAGAGAGAGUGAGAGAGA